AUGCCUAAUUUACUUGAAAAAAUCUUUUUGCUUGCUACAAGAGCAACUUUGGGCACAAUUGCUUGUAUUCUUGUGGGAACUGUGUGUGUCUACAUUGUUCUUUUCGGAAACAAGAAAACUCCUUCCACCAUUCAGCAACAUGGAAGCAGAGAAGUCAAACAAGAUGAUGCUCCUAGUCAAACCAAAAUCACUAAAUCAGUUGAUAACGAGAAGCGCACUGAUUCUACAAAGCCUGAGAAGAAGGCCAAAGAAGUAGUAAAGACAGACAAAGAGUCGGGUGCUUCCGUCGUAGUAGUAAAGCCCGAACCAUUCCUUGCUCAAUAUGAAGCAACCCUCGCCAUUGUCUUGAGAGAUGCCGCCAACUAUAAACCAACUCCAGUUGAGUCGAUCAGCACUGAAUUCAAAGAGGAGAAGAAGAAGAAGGAGGAGGAGGAGGAGGAGGGUACAUCCAGACAUGCCGAAUCCAGUAGAGAGGUCAAGGUUAAGAGUGCAGUUGCAGUUGCAGUUGCAGCUUCUGCUGCUGUCACUACCACUGCUUCUGCUAUUGCAGCUACUCUUGAAACAGAUCAAGAUGUUGCUCUUGUCAAAUCAAAAGCUCCUGAACCAGUGCUUGCAGCUUACGAAGCCACAACCGCUAGCAUGGCUCUAAAAGCUCAACAAUUCAUCGGAUCCCUACCCAAGGCACCUAAAGCACCGGCACCCUUCCUUGCUGCCUUUGAAGCGACCACUGCUUCCACCACAUUGGAAGCUAGUCAAUACAUUGCUGCCCUACCCAAGGCACCUAGACCUUUCCUUGCUGCAUUCGAGGCCACCACUGCCCUUACUGCUUUAGAGGCCAGCAAAUAUGUAUCUGCAUUGCCCAAGGCACCCAGACCUUUCCUUGCUGCAUUUGAAGCGACUACUGCUUCCACCGCAUUGGAAGCUAGUCAAUACAUUGCUGCCCUACCCAAGACACCUAGACCUUUCCUUGCUGCAUUCGAGGCCACCACUGCUAUCACUGCUCUGAAAGCUCAAACAUUUGUCGCCGCUAUGCCUAAACCUCCCAAGCCAUUCCUUGCCGUUUAUGAAGCCACUACCGCAUCUGUUGAAAUGGAUGCUUGUCAAAAUAUCAAGCACAUCGUAGCAGGCCCUGAAUAUACUGAAGCAUUGGCUGAAUACCAUGAGAGACUUGCCAAGCGUUGUGAGCCAUCUAAUCCUGUUCUUGCUGCCUAUGAAGCUACUACAGCCGAGUGCACUGUAGCCGCUCAGAAACAUGUUGUUGCUCUUGUUGCAACUGAAGAUUAUCAGCAGACAUUGGAAGUAUGUCGUAAGAAGCAAAUGGCAAAUCUUACCAAGUCAGCAUCCAGCGACAAUCUCUCACAGUACGAGAUUACUACAGCCAGCACUAUUUCUGCAUCUCGUAAAUAUAUCAGCAAACUCACAUCGUAUGAUGAGUAUUCGGAUGCUAUGAAAACUGCUACUGCCAAACUUCAAAGCGCGAUCAACAAGGAGGUACUUCCCACCAUCACAACCAACUUGGCUUCGUUAGAGGCGACGGCAGCAUAUCAGUUGUUGCAACACCAAAACCAACAACAACAGCAGCCACAACAACAACAUGUCGAGUCUGAUUCUGACAUUGAGGUUGAGAUUGAGGACAAUGUGCUUUCAUCGCCCUCUGCUAUUUCGUCUGUUUCCAGCACAAAUUCAACUGAACUCACAAGAGAUAUUAGCGAUAGCAAGAAGCCUUCUCAGAUCAGCACUGCAGAUGCCAACACUCCAUUUGAUGUGUCCUGGGAUCAGAUGUAUGCCAACAGCAAUAACAAUAAGAAGCCAGCAAUAGUAGAAUCACCCAAAUCAGCUACACCUUUCAUGUCGACUGUAGAGUGCACGUAUUAUCCCAACUGCACAAACAAGAAUUGCAAGUUUGUCCAUCCUGGAAAGGAAAACAAUCCUAAACCCAAGCGUGCUGCCACCAUGGAUACCGUGUACAAAAAGCCUUGGACCAAGGCUGAACGUAUUGAGAGACAAUCUCAGACUCACUUUCCAACAUGGAAAUCGCGUUGUGUGCACUGGCCUUAUUGCACAAACAACCACUGUAAAUACUCACAUCCCAUCAAAGAGUGCAGAAUGGGAGAGCAAUGUACAUUUAUGGAUCGCUGCAUGUUCCUUCAUCCCAGUGAUUUCCUAGAGCCCGCCAAAAAGCGCUAUACACCCAAGAGAUCCCAAACACUGCCUCAAAUACAAUCCCAAGAACCUGAAUCGCUACCACAAGUGUGA